CAGUUAAAAGAGUCUCAACAACUUCGUCUCUUCUCCACUGUCAAAGCCGGAGAAGAUGUCACUCUGUCUUGUGAAACGGUGAAACAUGAUGAGGGUAACUGUAGCAGCACUACCUGGAUCUUUGGUGAUUUAAACAGCAUGUCAUCCGUGGAGCUGGUUAAACUCGGGCGGGUAAAUGUCCAGACUGAAUCCGACAGACUGAGUGUUUCGGCUGGUUGUUCUCUGGUGAUGAAAAAGGUCACAGUGAAGGAUGUUGGGAGUUACACCUGUCGACAAUACAAAUCAGGGAAAAAACAAGAUCCGGAUUCUGCUGUUUAUCUCUCUGUUAUCGCCUUGACUGCACAUGAGGACACUGAUGAAGUGACAUUAGAGUGCUCAGUGACGACGUAUGGAUGGUGCAGACAUGAAAUUAGGUGGCAAGUUGGGGAUGCAGAUGUUGAUGAACAUACUACAGGCGUGAAGACAUCACAGUCUGCCUGCAAUUCCUCUGUUACAAUUCAGACUUCUCAUUACAUCUAUGAAUCAAGAUACAAGCCUUUAAAGUGUCGAGUGACCAGCAACACUGAUGAGCAGCUUCUCCCAGGUGAGGACAUAAUUACUGCACCAGGAACAACGCAAACCCCUAUAAACUCAGGAACAACGCCUUCACACACUUCAAGCACUGUUGGUGCUGAUGGUGACGAUGAUGAUGAUGGAAAGAAAAAACUGGACUGGUUGAGGCACAUUAUUGUGUCUUUGGGUUUGGUGGCUCUCAUCAUAAUUGUUCUGUCAGUCAACAUGUGGACAAGAGUAAAGGGGAGAAACUCAGACAGAUGA